UGAAGGCUUCCUCUUGUUCUUCCUCUCUGACCACGCUGAGGGUUUAGGUCUUGUCACGCCUCUUCAUGAAGCAGUGUGUGUUUGCAGCUGUGAUGACAGGCAGAGUUUCAGCCGCUGUGGGUGAAAGCCUGUUUCUGCGUGAUAAUUUGUUCAUCAUGAAGGUCCUGCUGCUUCUCACGCUCCUUACAGUGUCAGGAUGUGACAGCAGCAGAGCUGUUGGUCAAACGGGUCAGAGUGUGACUCUGACCUGUAAAUAUGAUAUAAUAAAGAAUGGAGCGGCGCAUGUUUGCUGGGGUCGAGGACAGAUACCGAGAAAUCGCUGUGACAAUCAGCUGAUCUCUACAGAUGGAGAUAAAGUUAUAGAAGAGACCAGAGUUUCCAGCAGGUAUCAGCUACUGGGACAACUGGAUAAAGGAGACGUUUCUCUGACUAUCCUGAACCUCACAAAGGAAGAUGCUGGAAAAUAUGGAUGCAGAGUGGAGAUACCUGGGUGGUUCAAUGAUGAAAAAUAUCAGUUUGACUUGUCUGUUGAGAGAGGUGAGAAAAUACAGAUCUUUAUAGAUUUUCAUUUUCCAAACCAAUGAAACAGUGGAAAAAACAGUCUCUCAAUGUGAAAACUGAUAGAGACAAACCCCAAGCGACUUGCAACUGUAAUUGCAGCAAAGGGUGGCGCUACAAAGUAUUAACGCAAGGGGGCC